AUGCUGGUGCUUCCUUUCUCCACAGAGAGGAUUGUCUCAGUGCAGGUAACCACCCAGGUCAAUAACAGCACAGACAGCUGUAAUGUGACCCUGAGUUGCAGUGUGUUUGGAAGCCACCAGGUGGCGCUGUUCUGGUCCAUAAAUGGAGGCAACAUUCCUGGAACAGAGAACAAAACUACCCUGACUGUGUCCCCCACCCUGGCAGAAGAGAUCUACACCUGUACAGCCAAGAACCCCGUCAGCUCCCAAAGCAGCAGUGUGACAGUCAAGACCUGCCAACCUCGCGGAACCCCAAACUCCCUCUACAUCUACAUCCCAGCAGGGGUAGGGGGUCUCUUGUUGGUGGUGAUGGUGAUCAUUGCACUUGUGUGCAUUCUCAAGAGAUCAAAGAGAGGAGAAGAGCAGGCAGACAUCACUGUCUAUGCUGAGAUUGGAGAGCACACGCUCGCAAAAAAGGAUUCCAUGUACAGCCAACCUCCCGUCCCUGCAGAUGUGACCACCUGCUAUGAUGUCAUAAAGCCCACAGGAAACCCUGCUGCGCCCUCCACCGUGUACGCCGUGGUGAACCGACCGACGGCCCAACAGUACCAGGAGGUGCUCUGAGACAGAACAGACACGCGACAUGGAUCGGCUGACAUUCUGCAGUUCAUCUGCACUUUCAAACAGGGUUUACAACCUCUUUCUUAUUGCUGAUAUGUUCAGAACACAAUGCACAUUCAGCCAGUCUAAUGCAUAUUCAGCCAGUCUAAUGCACAUUCAGCCAGUCUAAUGCACAUUCAGCUAGUCUAAUGCACAUUCAGCCAGUCUAAUGCACAUUCAGCCAAUCUAAUGCAUAUUCAGCCAGUCUAAUGCACACAAGGUGGCCUGUAGUAUAGUGGUCAAGGUAAAUGACUGGGCAAGGU